AUGGUCCUCAACGAAUUGGGGUCUAAUGUGCUAAACGUCAUAACCAAGUUUGCUAAGACAAGGCUGACGACAAAUGAGGCGGUAAAUGCGCUGGUAGACGAAUUCAUCGGAGUGCUGGAGGCAGCAGAUGUACCUGCCCGUACACUCGAGCCUAUGCGAAAAUCGAUGACCACGAAGAUCUUGAGUGACCCAGCGAUCAUGGAAGGACGUGCCAACACACACCAGGUUGUUCAGCGCAUCGUUGUCCAGGAGCUUGUUUCUAUGCUUUCCCCUGAGCGGCCGCCCUUUAGGCCUGUCCGGAAUCGGGCUAAUGUGAUUAUGUUUGUAGGGUUGCAAGGAGCUGGCAAAACCACGACGUGUGUCAAGUUUGGGGCAUAUUACAAGCGGAAGGGGUGGCGCGUCGGGCUUGUUUGCUGCGAUACCUUCCGUACUGGAGCAUUUGACCAGCUGAAGCAGAACUGCACAGCGGUAAAGCUUCCCUUUUACGGCAGUUAUUCCGAAAAGGACCCUGUUCAGAUCGCUCAAGACGGAGUCAAGCACUUUGUAAGUUUGAACUUUGAGCUCAUAAUCUUGGACACCUCUGGGCGUCACAGGCAAGAGGAGGCGUUAUUUACUGAAAUGAAACUAAUUGACAGUGCUGUGCAGCCCCAUGACCAUGUCUUUGUCCUAGACUCAUCCAUUGGCCAGGCCGCAUAUGAGCAAGCAGACGCCUUUAGCAAUGCAGUUGAAAUAGGAUCAGUAAUCUUAACAAAGCUUGAUGGCCACAGUCGCGGGGGAGGAGCACUGGCUGCUGUCAGUGCUACUAAGGCUCCGAUAGUCUUUCUCGGCACAGGUGAGAAGAUUGAAGACCUCGAGUUCUUUGAUCCGUCACGUUUUGUGUCAGUUAUGUUAGGAUACGGUGAUAUCGUGGGGUUACAUGAAGCCAUGCAGGGAGGAAACAUUGACCAUAAAGCUCACAUACAAACGGUUGUCCGUAUGCUCCAUAACCAUUUUUCCUUCCGUGAUUUCAAGGAGCAGCUUAAGAAUCUUAACAAAAUGGGGCCCCUGCAGAAGAUUGCGUCUAUGGUGCCCGGCUUCUCCCAGAUGGCCGCCUCUGGGGACAUAGACAUGGAUUCAGAGGUAAAGCACUUGCAGAUCUUUAACACCAUCAUGGACUCUAUGGCAGCAAAGGAGCUAGACUCUAACACAGAGCUCCUUAAGAAAGAGGGAGAAGACAAGUUCCGGUCGCGCGUCAGACGUAUCGCAAUAGGGUCUGGACACACCAUAGAAGAAGUCUUAGAGUUCUUUGACAAGGCUACAGAGUUCAGUGAGAUAUUUGGGAAAAUGGGACGAAAGAUGAAGUCUCCAGCUGCGCUGCAGGAGCUCUUCUCGAGCAUGAAGAUGAACCCACAAAUGAUGCAGCAGAUGAUGAACGGCUUGGGAUCUCUCCAGAAUAUGUCUGAGAUGGCAGAUAUCGCAAAAAGCAUGGGCAUGAAGAUGCCAGGCAACUUGAGUAUGCAGCAGAUUCAGCAGAUGGCCACAGGGAUGGGCAACAUGUCUGCUGGGCAACUUAAAAAACUCCAGCAGAUUCAGAAGGCAAAGAUGUCAAAGUAA